AAUCAGUGCUAAACCUAAAUUUACGUCUGAGUUGUGUUAUUUUAAAAGCAAAUCUAAACUAUUAAACUUGUUUUUGACUUUGACUUUGAUUCUUCCUUUGAUCGCAACCCUUCGUCUGGUGUCUGCCAUUGUACCGAUUUGGGAAAGAUUAGGUAAAGAUCAGCCAUGAGUCUCUUACUUCGAUCAUCGAGAGUUCUACAGAGAGUGUCAGCAUUAAACCCUGCAGCCUCAUAUGCUUCUCAUGCACCGGCACAUAAAGAGCCGUCACCUAUAGGCAACAGGGAGGUGGUUGGAUUCGGUUUUAAUGGUGCAGCCAACUACGUAGACAGAGCUGACUUCCCUUUGCCAGCAAUCAGAUUCAAGACUGUUACUCCAGACAUCCAGGCUCUGCGUGAAAAGGAGAAGGGUGACUGGAAGAAACUGACUCUGGAAGAGAAGAAACAAUUGUAUCGUGCCAGCUUCUGCCAGACAUUUGCUGAGAUGGAUGCUCCCACCGGAGAGUGGAAAACAAUAACUGGAUGCACCCUCUUCUUUAUGUCGUUAGCGUUAUGGGUUUUCAUGGGAAUGAAGUUGUUUGUGUACCCCAAGGAGCUCCCACCCACAUUCUCAGAGGAGCGACAACAAGCCCAGUUGCAGAGGAUGAUCGACAUCUCUGUGAACCCUGUGGAGGGCAUUUCAUCUCACUGGGACUACGAGAAGAACGACUGGAAGAAGUAAACACAGACAAAGCAUUUUGAAUGUUAGUCAAAUAUAUGUCAGUUAUUAUGACGUUUGUUGUAAUAAUCAUCACGUUAGUAAAAUUGAAUUGUCAAUAACUUAAAAGUAUUUUAUUUGUGUCAUUUUUAUACAAUCCAGUAGUGGACAUAUUUUUGCUGACUUCCAAUCACAAUACCAGCCUCUGUGUUGUACAAUUAUUUAUGUUGUUUAUUUUCCGUUAAGUACACUGUGAUAACUGUACAUAAAGUAUCGUGGUAAUUACAUUAUAAAACAAA